GCCUUCCUUUCUUCUCCAAAUAAUUUUCAUAGCUUUGUGUAUAUAAUCUGUCGACGAAGCUCAACCAAGCCACAACAAGAUGACUUUGACGGCAGCUGACGUUACUUUCGACCCAGAAAAUAUGUUCUUAUCUAAACGCAAGAAAAGAAAUGCAAUCAUUGCAGAUGUUGUCAACUCUGCUCCAUCCUGGGCUGUCAACGCGAAGGUUGUGAAUGGGCCUCAUACUAGCCGCUCCGAUAGAAGAAAUCACAUUACUGUUGAUUACAUCGCUCCUGAUGGCUCUUUCAGCAGAAUGCAUGUCCUCCCAUCCCCUUAAUUAAGUCUAGAAGAAUUUGCUAUUGGUUCACCAUUUCUUCUAGCCUAUAUUUAUAGUCAAUAAUGGCUAGAGUGUGAAAAAGGCUUGCCUUACUUGUUCUAAAUUAUUGUUCCCAUCAUGUCUUAUAAUUUAUAUAUAGCAUGACUACUUUUUUCUUUCUCACUGUUUUAAAUGUCCC